GCCAUUAGUUUUAAAUUUAGGAAGAAAUUUUGGGUCUAACUGUUUGAAAUCAGAAGCGGCAGAAGAAGAGCCAACAGAUUAACAGAACAAAAGCCGUGGCUCAGCUCCCCUGAUUCCAUAAAUUACAUAUCAUGCCAAAAGAACUUGCCGGUUUUUAUUAUGAUGCCGAGAAGAACAGGUACUUCCCUCUCAAGGGCCCAAUUCCUGGUUCUUCCUCUGCAGUUAAAAAGACUGCUCAAAAACAGUCUUUAAACCCUACCCAGGGAACAAAUUUUUGUAGGAGAAAUAGAGUAAGAACUUCUAAGCUGCUUCAGGCUAGGGAAUUGAGUGGUAACCUUGUUGAUUCUAUUAAAGGGAAAUGUAACUUCAUGGAGGAAGUUUUAAAGAAACAAGCAUCUCAGCCUAUGGUCUGGAAGUUUCGGGGGACAGAAAAGAUGGGUGAUGGUGCUUUAGACCAAUUUCUUAUGCGGAUACAAACUCUAGAAGGUCAAACUGAGGUCCAUGGCCUCAUUACAGGAGGCACAAAUGGGUUCUUAAGUCUUUUGGAAACUGGAAAACCUGGACAACGUUCUCAUAAUGGGAUAAAAUUCAUGCCUGAUCGUGUGAGUCCUGUGAUUGAAGAAACUAAAGCAGAGUGGAGCAAGGCCCCUGGACAUAUUUGGCAACCUGCAGGAGCUUCACUGUAUAUGCCUUCAAAUAUUUCUUAUAUUAAAAUGUCAGGAAGGCACUCUCCAUAUGCUGCUGAUGACAAUUUUAGUGUCCAACGAGGCUUAAUAACUACUCUGGGAUCCGAGACAGCCGGUGGAUCUGUUUGUUUACUCAAUAUUCCAGAACCUUUAGAUCCUUAUUCAAUUACUUCUAUAAGACAAAUGGUCCGUGAGAUUGCUUCUUUCAACUGUACCAUUUGGACUGCUGAUUGUAAUCACAAUGCAAGUCAAGCAGUGAUCGGAACAAGUCUUGGAGCUGCUAUGGUGAAUUUGGAAACAGGAACGUCCACAUGGAUUUGUAAAAGUAAAAGUGAUGUUUUGGCCCAGCAGCUUGAUCAGUCGGGUAAUAAUGUUUUGUGUGGUUUGAGAAACGGAGCAAUUUUGACAGUGGAUAUUCGGGAAAAACGAGAAGGGUUUUCUGGUAGACUCAUCAGACACAGAAUACCUUAUUCACAGUUUGCUACAUCUCGUCAAAAUUCCAGCAAACAGUGGUUUGAGCUCAGAGGAAAUAUAGAUCCUUCUUGCACCUUGUAUAUGCCUUCAUCUAUAUGCUGUUUGGUUUCACUUCAGUCGUAUGACCAGUACUUCUUGGCCAGCUCCAUGGACGGAUCGAUCAAGCUUUACGAUCAUCGUAUGGCUAAGAGAGGUGCAAUACAAUCUUACGAAGGACAUGUAAAUUCGCAUACUCGUUUACAGUUUGGAGUAGACCAAACUGAGAGAUUUCUGAUGGCAGGCGGAGAAGACUGCAAUUUACGUCUUUGGAGCAUAAAGUCCGGUGAAUUACUUUUUGAAGAAAAAAUUUCUGAUUCCGUCCUCUCAACUGUUCGCUGGCAGGGACCUGAGAGACCUAAGAGAAUACCAAGCGAAAAUGAAAGCUAUGAAGGGUGCUUAUCUGAGAUGAGUAACUGGGGAACAUGGUGUGCGUCGGAGAAAGGACUAUUCUACAUGCACUGGUCAUGAUUCACGGUUCUCAAAUGGGGACCAGUUCGUCAAAAAAGCAGGUCUGAAAUGCAAGAAAUUUGAUGCAUUUUACAAAGCUGCCAAUUUUGUUUAAAUUUGCUAUUAGGUAGAUACUAGUUAGGAAAUAACACUUUUCUUUAUUUAGUUUCUCUAUGAAUUUUUUUCCUUAGGAAAAACAUAGGUUAUUGCGUAUUUCAGGUGCACAAUAAAUAUAUUUAGGUAGCAAAAGGGUGCUUGUACUUGUCCAUCGAAUUGGUGGCUUUUCGAAUCUAACGACUAACAACUAUGAGGGUUGAACCUUUAAAACACAAAUCAUAAUCAGAAUGAUAUGAAGGGUACUCAGCACAUUUUUAGGGUCUUGGCACAUUCUUUAA